UCAAAAAUUCUGGAAUCAGAUGGACGCGGGAAUUCAAAAAAAAAAAAAACAAACGACUAAACUUUAACGAGACAGAUCUGAUUUUAUUUACACUUGUAGCGUCAUGAGUAUGGAAAACUGUGAAGAUCCAAUUGAGGCCAAAGAGUCGGCAGAUCAAAUUUUGGGGGAUGUAAAUGAAUCGCAGGUUGUUGAUGGAAAGGUCAUGCAGCAAUUCAAACAGUGCCUUGACAUCAGCUUGUCCAAUUUUUAUUCCUCUAUCAGAUUUUCAUUGUUCAAGGAACAUUUGCAUCCUCUGAGAAAGCGACACCCACAAGAUUUGAAAAAGAUGCAUGCACAAUUCCUGGCACAGCUAAAUGCUAAUAUUGCAGAGGAAAUAGAUUGGAUGCUGAAAGAAGAGAACAUUGGAAAGUUACUGAAUGGCCUGAAUGAUUUGAUUGAUGAAAACCCGCACAAAGGGAAGAAAGUUUGGAGACCCUCAGGCAAUGCUGAACAGGAUCUAUUGGCUCACACAGCCCCUUACAAACUGAAAGAGAAAGAACGUUUGCAAGGAAUCCUAUCUGAUCUCCAAUCUCAGAACAAACUUCUUAAAGACGCUGCUCGAGCGAGACAGUCCAAACUUGAACAUACACAGCAGAAAAUUGAACAGAAGGCACAGCAAUGGAAGGAGAUUGAUCAGAUCGUGGACAGCUUUGAUAUGGAAGCGACCAAGAAGUUUCUCCUGAAAUAUUCCAGUCAUUCCAGUAUAAGAUGAUUUCUGCCAGCAAAUUAUGUACGACAAAAACUUUGUACUGUGUGUAUCAGUGUGAGACUUAAAUGAUGGACACAGAACUGUUUAUAUUGACUGUCAGAAAAUAUUGGACUGUUGCUGGUCACUCAAUGGAAGAGUUGUGCUCUUAUGUCAUAAAUGUGUGUUAUAUCCCUUAUUUUCCUCUGUAAGUAAGGUUCCUUAUGUCCAGUCUGUUUCCACUCAUAUGUCUGCAUAUAUUAUGUAUACAUAAGUAUACCAAUAUAGCUAGU